GAUUUUGUUCAUAAACCGAAUAACUGCGAAAAUGGACCUGCACUUGAAAGUAUCGCUUUUACUGCUUUUGUUGCAAUUUAAUUUGCUUACAAUAGUUUUCGGGUUACACUUUAUGUAUGAACAUUUUCGACAAAUCAACGGAACUGAGCUCGCUGAUGCACGCUCGUUGAGAAUUAGAAAACUCAACCGAACAACCUCGGCCAUGAACGGUACGGUCUACUUCAAGGUACCCUUCGACAACAGUUGUAAGGUCGCCAUUAAUCUGUUCCACAGUUCCUUGGGCAACAACCAGUUCAACUACUAUCCAAUGAAGAUUCCCUCGAUAGGAAUGUGUGACUUUGUCCGCGAUGUGUACCCAACGUACUAUCCAUACUUGAAAGAAGGGGUGUUCAAUUGUCCACCGACCGCGGAGUGUCCAUUAUCACCGAGAGACGUCUACGUUCGCGACUACGUAGUUUCGCAGAAGCUGAUUCCACCGUUUGUUCCGAAAGGAUUAUGGCUCGUACGGUUGACAGUGAAGCGUAAUGACGAGGCUGUUAUCGUUACGGAGACCAUGUCCAAAUUGUAUCUGGACCACGAUUGGUGAAUUUGAAGGAAGGGAUUUUUAUGAGUCUACAACUUUCUAACAGUGUCAUAUGAAGAUUAUCAGAAUUAUAAUUCGAAUUUGUUGCACAGAUUCCUCUAAUUUCGUAAUAAUUCGAUCAAUCUAGAACAGUACUUUACAAUACUUCUCUAGAUCUGAUCUGAAUAUUUUGAUCGGUGUUUCGGUUAUGAAGAGAAAAGCUAAUGUCAAUUGAUGUAAUAGUAGAAAGCUUUUUAUCGAUUGGUUAACUCGUUUUAUUGUAUUAUCCCGUAUUCUCUUGCAAGCUAUUUUUUGACGACAGUUUCUUUUCAAUAAUGUUUUUUUUUUUCAAAAAUGUCCUAAUAAAACAACAGAGUUUUGCAAAAAAGGUGUUUUUUUUUCUGCUUAGAGUGUUUAUCCUUCUGACUGCAUCAAAAGAAUACUUCCAACAUCGGCAUUCUUAUCGAUAUUGAUGGAUCAUUUGAAUAGAAAUCGGAAGCAUCCCGGAGAAAACAUAUAAAUACGGCGCCAAUGACCUUGAGGUCAACUAUAUACGCAACCAUGAAUCACCCCAUCUUCCUUUCGCCUUUCAUGUCACUGGUGGCUGAACAACAACCACUUUAUUCGGCCUCCAGUUGGUCCAGUCAACUUUUCGAACGUCCUUCAAGGUCGCACCAUCCAGGCACGUUAAUCGUCUUACCGUGUCCGUCGUUCGGCCCCCUUGCAAAUCACACGAGGCCCAUAAAAUUUCACUUUCGUUUCGCCUCGGCCGGCGGCCGCAGUGACUUUCCGUUCUUGCCGAUCGUCGCCCGAAUCCUAUCCAGUAUCACUGCUUUGCUGCACCACGAGUCGGUGUGAAAUACCUGAGGAUGGCGCCAGCUCGGAACCUUCGGACGCUCAUAUGUCAAUAGUCGCUCGGGCUCGCUCGUGGCGCUCAGCAUCCAUCCGCAUCGAGGUUCGGCUCCAACCUUCAACAGGCGCGCGCACAUAGGUCGAUAAAUACAUGAUCGGUAGCGCAGGCUCUGCUGUUGUUGUUGUUCCGUCGCCGCCAGGAUCACGAUAAAGAUUCAUGAUAAUUGUGGUGUUGUUUCGGACUCUUCCGCCCCUCACCGCCCGAAUGUGCAUAGUGAUCACGACA